AUGGCCGCUGCCGCAUCUACAAGUGUCCCGGUAGACGAUUCCAAUCGCGAGACCGGGUACAACCGCUCUGCUUGCACCGAGUGUCAGCGACGAAAGCAAAAGUGCAAUCGUGAGUGGCCAUGCGAUCGGUGCCAGCGACGCAAGAUAGCCGAUGAGUGUCGUUAUAACUACUCCAACCCCAUGUUGGACACACCAGCCCACGACCUGACGGAGAAGCUGAAGCGGACGCACGACGAUUAUUCUAAUCGGGGCACUGCCGAAGCCGACGAUGAAGAUGGCACCGGAUUUGACGCAUUGGCGACCCGUCUGUACGCCACAUUGGGAAUUGAUCAUGGAGUGUCCGAGAAGCCAGCUCCCAAGCAAGAUUUUGUCGCUGCCGACUCGUCCCCCCAGAUGCGCCGGGUUUUGCAGCUCCUUCCCCAGCGACAAUCCAUGGGCAAGUCCUUCCUCUUCCAACUACCUUGCUGA